GAUGAAGCACAGAAAUCUAUGGACACACUCAAGGAAGCAGUUUUACAUUGCCCUACACUAACACCAAUCAACUAUGAGUCAGAGUAUCUGGUAGUUUUGGUAGUAGAUUUGUUUAUCAUCAGAGUAGGAUGGUAUAUCAGUCAGGAGCACUUGGAUCACAAACAGAGAAUAAAUCAAUUUGGAUCAAUUAACUGGAAUGUGAUGCAAGCACAAUAUUUGCAAGCAAAAAUAGAGCUGUUUGGACUUUAUUACACACUUUACACAUUGCACAUAUAUCUCAUAAGUGUUAAGAAAUUAAUUGUGAAAAUGGACACUUCAUACAUAAAGGGAAUGAUUAAUAAGCCUGACCUACAGCCUAAUGCAACAAUCAAUUGCUGGAUAGCUAGUAUUUUGCUAUUCAAUUUCGAGUUCUGCCACAUUCCUGCAUCAGACUUCAAGUGUACAGACAGAUUAUUGUAA